UAAAUUUUUUAUCUCAAGAUUAAUUUUAAUUGCAAUGCAACUUAUAAAUACUGAAUGAUCUACGAAGAUGAGUAGUGAGUGAGCAAUCAUUCCCGAGAGCAAACGAAACUGAAAGAAAUACGCGACUGUUGAGAACUGAACCUGCUUAAAACGAUCAAUACGACAAAGAUGUUUAUUACAAUAUUAUUAUUACUUGUUUUAAUUGGGUAUUUGACAUGUCAUUACUACGUGCAAUAUGGAUCAAAUGGACGAUUAAUCAAUAAAAUACCAGGACCACCAGGUUAUCCAAUUAUUGGUAAUGUAUUGUUAUUCACUCGGAUAGAUUCACUAGAACAUCUCUGGAAGGUUUACUUUAAUAUAAUUCAGCAGUAUUAUCCAUUUUUUAAAUGUUGGCUUUUCUUAAUACCUGUUGUGGGUAUUCGUCAUCCCGAUGAUCUAGAGAUAAUACUAGGCAGUACAAAACAUAUCAACAAGAGUAAGUUAUAUGAUGUUUUACUUCCUUGGUUCAAAACGGGUCUUCUUGUCAGUAAAGGUUCAAAAUGGCAAUUACGACGAAAGAUGUUAGCUCCCACAUUCCAUUUUAAUAUAUUACAGCAAUAUGCUGAGAUUUUAAUCGAAGAAGGCGAGAGGAUGACAACAUCUUUAAAAAAUAUAGGAAACACUGUUACAAAAGAUUUAAUACCAUUUAUUGGUGUACAUACGAUAAACGCAAUAUGUGAAACUGCAAUGGGAAUUUCUUUGAAAGAAACGGAUUCAAUUCAUCAGCAAUAUCAAAAAGCGAUUCUCCAAAUAAUUGAUAUUUUUGUAUAUAGGGUCUUCAGACCUUGGUUGCGUAACGAUUGGAUAUUCUCAUUAACGCCAAAAGGUAGAGAACAAACAAAGGUUCUGAAGAUAUUGCAUGGAUUUACUGAGAAAAUUAUUGCAGAGAGAAAAAUUUAUCAUAAACACUACGAACAACAUAAGAAAAAUCUCAGUGAAAAUUCAAUGGCAGUUGCAGAAACUACUGCAAUUAAAAAAAAAAGGCUUGCUAUAUUGGAUUUUUUAAUAUCGGCGUCUCAAGAGGGUCUUUUAACUGAUUCCGAUAUCAGAGAAGAAAUCGAUGUCUUUAUAGCUGCGGCUUAUGAUACUACAGCAUUAGCUGUAUCCUAUACUUUAGCACUUCUGGCCGAACAUAAAGAUAUCCAGGAUUGUGUCAGAAAAGAAGUCGAUGCUAUUAUGCGAGAGAGUCAAGGAAAACUUACUGUUCAAUCGUUGCAAUGUCUACAAUAUUUAGAGAGAUGUAUAAAAGAAGCAUUACGUUUAUAUCCGAGUGCUUAUUUUAUAUCACGAGUUACUUCGGAAGAGACACAAUUAAGCUCGUAUUUAAUACCUGCCGAAACAAUCAUACAUAUUAGUAUCUACGGUGUUCACAGAGAUCCUAAUUAUUGGCCAAAUCCAGAAAUAUUUGACCCAGAUAGAUUUUUACCUGAAAAUAUCCGAAAUCGUCAUCCUUACUCUUAUAUACCAUUCAGUGCUGGACCACGUAAUUGUAUCGGGCAACGAUUUGCUAUGUUGGAGAUGAAAGCAAUGGUAGCCCUUUUGAUUCACAAUUUUUAUUUGGAGCCUGUGGAUUACUUAAAAGAUCUACGAAUGGCAUUUAAUGUUACGCUUUGCCCUACUCAUCCACAUCGUAUAAAAUUUAUUCCAAUUGAUACAAAAUGCGUAUAAAUAUUUGAAAACAAAUUUUGAAACCGACAAGUGUA